AAAUUACGACGAAACAUUGUGUCGUCAAAAGGAAGUGGCCUGCCCUAUAGUAUUGCUCGUAUGGUCUGCCUUCUCACGACACACGUUCCAUAGCUUACAUAAGCUCCGCAGCUUGCUCACCACUCUUCUUGCCCUGGAUGUUAACACAUAAAGUCUGGAUUCCAAUCAUCAAAAUAUUCCCUAAAGUUUGGUGGGAGCGCUGGCUCGAGUAAGUUGAGGCUGCCGUGUUUGAGCUGUUAUUGACGCGAUGGCUUACCAUAGUCUUGACACCUGGAUUCUCCUAUCGUGUAGGGCAUGAAGGCUUUGCCCGCAGAGGAGAUGUUUUUCUUGUAGUAUCGCCAGGGAUGCUAUUCUUGGUGGUCUGCAAUGCCGAGGCUAUUCGCCAAAUCUGUUCUCGACGGGAGCACUUCCCCAAGUGCGUCGAGACGUAUGAGAUAUUACGUCAAUUUGGCGAUAAUGUCCUGGCCGCCAAGGGGAGCACUUGGAAAAUACACAGGAAAGCAACCUCGGCCUCGUUCAACGAAAAGAAUAAUGCCCUUGUAUUCAGAGAAUCAAUUCAACAGGCCCAAGGGCUGGUCAAAAUGUGGAUGGGACCAGAUGGGAGGAAUAGCGGUACUAUCACUACACUCAAUCAGGAUAUAAUGAGGCUGAUACUGAACAUUAUCGCAUAUGUCGGUUUUGGUCUUAAGUUAAUAUGGCCUGGAGAGUCAUUACCCUCAAAAGUUGACUUAAAGAUGACAAAGUAUAGAUCUCCUAAGCCCAUCGCUGGUCAUAAACUGAGUUUUGCCACCGCCGUUGCAGCCUUUUUGGAGAAUAUUGUUAUGCUCCUCCUCCUACCACGAUGGCUUCCCUUGCUGAUGCCAUUCAAGAGGACUCAAACUGCGACCAAAUCUUCUGAAGAGUUUGGAAAGUAUAUGCAGGAGCUAAUGGAUGAAAAGAUUACCGAAGCCCGCAGAGGUGAGCAUAUAGAUGGUAUGGACCUCAUGGGCCGACUGGUAAGAUCCAGCUAUGGAACUGAUGUCGGUCCUCAGCAGCAAGGCAAAGGGCUGAAUAAGGGGGCACUAUCACGGGAUGACAUCCGUGGAAACACCUUUAUCAUGCUAGCUGCUGGACAUGAGACUUCGGCAGGUGUGCUUCAGUUUAUUUGGUUGGAGCUGGCAAACAAGUCAGCGUCACAAAGAAGUCUUCACAAUGACAUUGACGAGAUAUGUGGUGACGGCGACCCAUGCUUGUGGGACUAUGAAAGCGUGAUCAAUCCCUGAUGGCCAGCAUAUUGGGCGCUUGUAUGAACGAGGCUCUGAGAAUGACGCCUGCGGUUGUCGAAAUUCCUAAAGAAGGCCUUCGGAACAAGGCCAGCUCAUUACUAUCGAUGG